CGCGAACGCGCUUGGAGAAACCCCGACACGCAUUUCAAUCGGCAUCGUGGACAGAUGCGACGUCGCCGACGAUCUUCUCCCGUGACGAUUCGAUCGUGACAAGAUGAGCGGGCCCCAAAAAAACGUGGGCGAGGGCCCCAAACGGCCCCCCGAAUCGCCGCAAAGUCCAAAAACGCUCCGCGAAACUGUGAGUUUCUACGAAAAGGUGUGGACGGGCUCUGGAUCGGCCGGCGUCCGAGCCGAGGGUGUCCAGGUGGACGUUGAUCAACUGGAAAGUCGACUGGCCGAGGAAAAGGCCCGACAUCAAGAGGCGGUUGCUUUGGAGGCGGUUUCUCUGCGACGAGCACCGACUUUGUCGCCCAGACAUGAUGUGCGACACACCAGCGGUUUUGGUCCAGACGGCAGUUUCCAGGAAUCAUAUACCAGUACCACUCAGGAGGACGAUCCAAUAUCUGGGACGAAAACUGUAAAAUUCGAGCAAUCAACAGUGCGAAAGACUGUUAGAUACAUCAGCACGUCCACUAGUACUCAUUCUCUUAAGAAUGUGGCUUCGUCCUCGAGCCGGACGCCAUCGGAAGAGAAAAUUGAUGAUUCCGAUUACCUCACUCAGUCCAAUGGGAAUUUGGCCUCAACCUCAAAAACCUCCAGCCAGUCCUCCCUGUCUGGCAGGUUCACAUCGGAUGAGAGCCUUGGAAGGCCACUUUCAAGGGAGGAAUGCGAUAGUCGAUCGGCCAAUUCGGGUUCCGAAUGGGUGCAGGAGUUUAGCAAACGUUUCUAUACGGGUACCAGUAAGUUGGAGUAUGUGCGAAGCAAAUCUCAGUACGAGGAACACAUUCAUCACAUCAGAGAUGAACAAGAGCGAGUGCAAAAAAAGACGUUUGUCAACUGGAUAAACUCCUACUUAGUAAAGCGUAUUCCACCGCUGAAAAUCGAAAACCUAAUCGAAGACCUUAAAGAUGGAACGCGACUUCUGGCUUUGCUCGAAGUGUUGUCUGGUGAAAGACUGCCCGUGGAGAGGGGCCGAGUUCUUCGUCGACCGCACUUCCUCAGCAACGCCAACACAGCUCUUCAGUUCCUGCAGGGGAAACGCAUCAAGCUGGUCAACAUUAACGCCAGCGACUUGGUGGAUGGGAGACCGCCAGUCGUUUUGGGGCUAAUCUGGACCAUCAUCCUGUAUUUCCAAAUUGAGGAAAACACACGCAACCUGGAGUACUUGGGACAGUGGGGCAGUUCCAGCAGCUUGGAGAGUGCUGGAACCACCUCGUCCAAGGACAGAUGGAAGCAAAGUGCCCGAAAAACGCUUCUAAACUGGGUGUCCAAUGCACUUCCUGCAGAUUCAGGCAUUGAGGUGAGGGAUUUCGGCGCCAGCUGGAGAGAUGGUGUUGCGUUCCUGGCAAUCAUCGACGCCCUGAAGAAGAAUCUCGUCAAUAUUGCCGAGUUGAAGAAAGCGUCGAACAAAGCGCGUCUGGAAACCGCCUUUGAUGUGGCCGAAUCCGAGCUGGGGAUACCGAAAAUCCUCGAUCCGGUCGAUGUGGACGUCCCCAAACCGGACGAAAAAUCCAUCAUGACUUACGUGGCUCAGUUUCUACACAGAUAUCCUGAGCCCAAAUCAACCGGGCCGGACGUUCUGCAAGAACAAUACAGUGAACUACUGGCAUGGUUGGCGAGCAAAACCAGCCAUCUGGAGCAUCUGCAGCAGACGCGCGCUCUUCCGCGCAACUACUCAGAAUAUGCAGCCUCUAAAGCUGAAGUGGACUCUAAGGAGCGCAUCUACAGCAAGCUGAAGCAACUGAUGGAGUCGCCAAGCGCCAUCUCCAUCAGCAGAGACUCCUGGCCGGAAUACAGCAGGCUGUGGGCCAAGCUGCAGCAGCAGCUGCUCUAUUGGCUUUGGUUCCUGGACGCUCUGUUGCCCGGCGACUUUAAAGCUGUAGGCGAAUGGCUGGCCAGAGCUGAGCAGCUGCUCUAUUGGGACGAAAUCCCUACGGCUAUGAACGAGGAAACGGCCACGAUUAUUAGCAGGAAACUCGAAGAACACAAAGCGUUCUUUGCGGAUUUGCCGGCGGUCCAGCAGAAGUUUGCGGCCGCCUGCCAGACCUCGCUUGCCGAUGAAGUGCCUUCAGAACAGUUGAAUAAUUUGGCUGUAAGACUGAACGAAAUUGGACCGAAAGCCGCUCAGAGACGAGUGAAACUGAAGUUCCUUGAACACAAAUGUUGCCUUAUUGCGUUUUUGCAACUGACUGAGUCCAAGCUGAAGUCCUGGACGGGAAAAUAUGGGCGGGCCGACGAAGUCGGCCAAAUGCUGGACCAAUACAGGAACUUUGUGACGAAAAACUACAUUUUCCAAGAGCUGAACAAAGCCAUCCGCGACAUGCAGGCUGUUAUUGAGGAGUACAAGCGGGAUGGAAACAUCAGUAAAAAGGAAAUGCUGGAUCUUGAUCGGUUCAUGAGAGAAACUAGCGACCGAUGGAAUAGUGUGGCAACAGACUUGCGGUGCAUUCAAAGUUUGCUCGAACAAGUGCUUUCUUAUUGGAGGCUUUGGGACUCACUCGCCCCGGAAUUUGGCGAAUGGUUGGCCCAAGCGGAGAAAGCCAUGCAUUUGGAGGAGGAGGAGAAAAUGGAAUUUUUCCAGGAUAUUGCGGUUCAGAGGGAUAAAUUCCAACUGCUUGGAGACAAGGCGAACUUCCUGAUACCCGCAGUGGAAGACACUAUUGCAGGAGAACUGCGAGACACUUACCAAAGCAUGACCGAACGAUGGGGUCAAAUCUACCCAUACAUUGAGAAAUACAGCCACGCUGGCGAAACAUUGAGGACUCAGAAAGACUUCCGAGCCGGCGUCGAUGUUCUCAGAAACUGGCUCAGGAAGGCCGAGGAAGUGCUGGGCACGCCCCGGCUGGGCUCAAUGGAGCUCAUCAAGGGACACAUCGACAAUCUGCUGCUUCUGCAGUCUGAGGUCGAGGAAAUUGAGAAUCUGUUCAAAAACAUCAGCAAAGCCUUCCAGACGUUGAUCCAAGACCUGCGAAGGGACGAAGUGGACAAGAUGAUGAACACCUUGAAGCGGGAGAAGGAGGCGUUGGUGCGCGUUAGAGCCCUCAUCCCCGCCCAAAUUCACCUGUUCAACCAGCUGGUGAUCCAGCAGGAGUCGCUGGAGGCCGGCCAGAAGGAAAUUAACUCCUGGCUGGACAACGCGGAGACUCUCCUGUCCACUCUCAACCUGGCGGCCGAUAAAGAGCAACUCAAAGACCAGCUGGACAAGGUCAAGCACUUCUUCACCAGAACGUUGUACUACAAAUCGAUGCUGGACAGCAAGAACAAGAUCAUGAACAACAUAAUGAAGUCGGUGGACAGCGCCAACAAUCCGGGAGCGCUUCAAAUGACCGAAGACAUGGAGCGGCUCAACAGCCGGUUCGAGUAUGUGAGCCAAAGUGCGCAGGAGUGGGAGCAAAGACUGCAAGAACUGAUCAGAUGUUGGCACAAGUAUUCGGAAAGCGAGCGCGUCAUCUCCAACUGGCUCAACCACGCGGAGAAAUUGAUAGCGGAGAAGCACAUCGACAACAAAAGCACCGUGGAGGAGCACAAGAACUUCUUCGAGUCGGUCAACGAGCGCUGGAUUCACGAAUUCAUCGAAGGCGCCAAGGACUUGUGCAGCAGUCUGCCCUCACAGUCCCACAGUCCAAUUGCUGCUAGCGUCCAUCGGCUCCAAAGCAAGUGGAAGGAGGUGCUGAGCUUCGCUCCUCUGCAUCUCAUGCGUCUGGAGUUCAGACUGGACGAAAACACAUUCAACGACUACAUCAAGGAGCUGGAGAAGGAGAUCCAGAGCGAGCACUUGUCGAUCAGCCGCAACGAAAACAUCGACACAGUCAUAAUCAGGCACAAGCAGUACUUUGGCUCUGGCAAAGGCCCGCUGCUGGACACCAAGCAGCGACUCAGCAACUUGCAAGGGCUGGCGCAAGUUUACUCGCAGAACUGCCCGGAGGAUCAGAGCUUGCGCGAGGCCGUGGAAAAGGCCGAACAGCAAUGGAAGAACGUAAACAUCAAGAUCGACACCGUUCAGCAGCAACUGGAGCGCAUUCCUCAGAGGUGGGAUCAGUACAGGUCAAAGUUCAGCGAAAUGGCCAGCUGGAUGGACCAAGUGGACGCCGCCUUGCAGAACAUCCUAACAGACGUCAGCACCCCUGAAGAGUUCGAUAGGGAAAUUGCGGCUUUUAAGACCAUUUGCCAAGAGGCGGACAACAGACGCGAGGACAUGAAAUGGCUGGUCCAGACCCUGGACAAUCUGGUCUCCCACUGUCCAGAACAGCAGGCGAUCGACGAGCAGAAAACCCUGGAAGCUUUGAUCAUGCGAUACAAAAAUCUGAUCCCAUCGCUGGAGAUCACGAUGACCAAGACGGAGACGAUGUCGAAGUGCUACACAUACCGACGGGAGGUGCGCCAAAUUUGCGAGCUGCUGCGCCAAGUGCGGCAGCAUUCCACCCAGCAGCCGCAGAAUCUGGAGAAAAUCGACGAAAACAUCCGCCAGCAGGAGGUGACAGUGUCGCACCUGGAUGAGCAAAGGCCGCUCGUCAUGACGAUGCUGCAGAAAGGCAAAGAGCUGACCAGAAACGUGCAUGCGCCCAGCUUUGUGGCCGACGAAGUGAAAACUCUGGAGUCCAGCUGGACGGAGACCUACAGUGAGAGCGUAACCAGACUGCAGCAGCUGAUCAGCACCCAGCAAACGUAUCGCACCUACAAAGAACACAAAAGGGACCUCAGCAACUUGCUCGACAGAGUCGAGCAAAACUUGACCAGCUCCAAGCAGCUGAGCAUCCAAAGCGCCCCCAGCGACCUGCUAGCCAAGCAGCAGCUGGUCAGGAACCUGCAAGAGGCCCACGACGACAUCCUGCCGCUCAGAGAACUCACCCUGAAACUAUCGCAGGAAACCACGGGGGCUCAGAAGGCGCAGCUGGAAAAGGACGUGAGCGAUGUGGAGCAUCGCCUGCAGACCACCACCACCAACAUCCAAGAGCAAAUCGCUCUGCUCCAGCAGUACAAAACCCAGUGGAGCGGGCUCCAGUCGCGUUUGGUGCAGCUCAAGGACUGGUCGGUGCAGGAGGCGCCCCACCUCCUCUCCUCCGUCAACGACUGCAACACCACCCCCGAAGAGAGAGUGCAAAGAACGCAAAAGCUCCAAUCGGACAUCGCCCAGAAGGUCGACUUCCUGCACACCUUGAAGCAGGAGGCCUCCAAAGCUCUAUCCCAAGACUCGCCCGAUGGCCAAGCCCUAAGGUCCGACAUACUAGCAGUGGAGGAGCGGGUCACCUCCAUAAAAUCCUCGGUGGCAGGCCAAGCUGCCUUAGUAUCCAAAGACCUGGAGAACUGGAAAAGCUACAAGGCAAGCCUGGAGAAGGUUGCCCCAGUCGUCCAGCAGGCCGAGCUGAAGGUGCAAUCGGGCGUUCCUAAGCCCGCCACCUUAGAGCAGGCGGUGAAGGCCCAAAGCGACACGCAAAGGUUUUCGCAGGAGUGCCAAACGCACCUUCAGAAACUCGCAGAAAUCCAGACGCUGGGCCAGAAAAUCAGCAGCAAAGCUGACGCGCCCGACGAAGUGGACUCGGUUCGCACCCGCCUGCUCAACGUGCAGGAAACCGCCACGCAGUGGCGCCAGAAGCUGGAUCGACUAGUCACCAAUUGGGUGGACCUGGACAAGAGCGUGCAGCACCUGGACAACUGGGUAACCAGCAACGAGAGGGCCCUAAGGGAGAAACCCAUCAACACCCUCACCCCCAAUGUGGACAAGCUGGAAAAGGACCUGAUCCGCCUCAAGCAGUUCAACAACGAAAUCUCCGAACAGCAAGCGAAGCUGAUCAGCAUGACCCAAAGCUCGGACAGUCUGAGCUACCAAAUCGCCCCCGAAGGGGCCAGCGUGGUCAAAGACCAGGUGAAGGCGCUGAAGGCCAAAGUGGCCAACCUGGCAGAAGCAGUGCGCGCUAAAAUCAACGAAGUCUCUGACGCCAUCCUGGCUAGGCACGACUUCCAGACGGAAGUUGCCGAUUACUCCAACUGGCUGGACUCCAUCAGCGCCAACGUGGCCCAACUGGACGAGAUCCCCGCCAACAAAAUUGAUGCAGCCGUGGAGAACAUCCACGCCCUCCUGCAGGAGCAUUCAGAGAAGCAGCCCCUGCUCCACAAGAUCUACAGCGAGGUCAAGGAAAUCACCCUGCAGUCGACCAAGCAGGAAGGCGAGCCGCUCAAUGCAGAGUACUCGCACCUGGUGCAAGUCAAUCAGGACAUCGACAGCAAAUUGCGAAGCAAAAUGUCCUCGCUGCAAAAAUGGAGCGAGCUGCUCAACUGGCACACCGACACCAUCAACCAGUUGAACCACAUGAAAUACCAACUGGAAAACGAGAAUUGCGCCCCAGAGACGCUGCGCCAGCUCAUAGGAGAAUCCGAUAGGACAGUGGAGAAGAUCAUCCACUGGAAGCAGCAGGCGCCGAAAAUCGACGCCGACCAAGCGGUGGUUAUCCUGGACAAGCACACAGCCCUGCCCAGGACAGCGGACAACAUCGUGCGCGAGGUCGAAGUCCAGGCCAUUAACCUGAAGUCGAAGCUCGCCAGCAACUUGGAGGAAAAGCAGAAGGUCAAGCUGCAUUGGAACGACUUCGCCAACCUGCAGCAGAAACUCCUGGCUGACUUGACCAGCACCGCCACCCAACUGAACGCCAUCAGAAACACAGUGAAACACUCCAGCGACUUGCCGCAUGCAGUCGAAGACCUGAACAAACUCCUGGAGGCCCAGCAGGCGAAAGCCGCCGCCAAAGAGGAGCUGCGGAGGGACGCGCUGCAGCUGAUGAAGGAAGACGCCCAGCAGGUGGGCACCAUCCAAAACACCGUGUCGCAAAUCGAGAGCAAAUGGAACAAAGUCAACGAGGACAUCAAGGAGGAAAAGCUCCACCUGGCCGACAUCAUCCACGCAUGGAACGAGUUCCAGGAGUCCAAAGACCAGAUCGUGACCGAGCUGGGAAAGAUCGAUAAAUCAGUGGAGAGCUUCCAGCUCCCAGCCGACCUCAUCCAGGCAACUGCCAACGCAGACAAGGCCAAGAAGGCGCUGGACGCCAUCCGCAAAACCAAGUCCCUACUGGACAGAGUGGACAACAAGGGCCAGGCCAUCAUCAGGAAAACCGAAAAAAUCCCGGGAGUCGAGUCGGAAGUGAAACGCGACCUGCAGAUAAUCAACGACGUCUGGUCGAAGAUCUACGAAAAAAUCGUCAAGAGCGUGAACUCCACAGAGUCCCAGUCCACCAUCUGGAGACACAUCGAGGACACCAAAGCCACCUUGAUCCAGUGGCUGAGCAAUCAGAACGCUGCCAUAGUGGCAGCGGCAGAAAAGCCCAACGAAACUGAGGUGGCAGCUGCCACACUGUCCAAAUACAAAGAAGAGCUGCCUGCCCAUCAGCGCCUCUACCAGAGCGUCCCUCACAAGUACACGCAGCUGGUGAAGUUCCUGGACGGCCGGGACAUCCCCACUCUACAAACGCUGAUCCAGGUGUUGGACGAGCAAUUUUCCACGGUGGCCAGCAACGUUGCCAGCCUGGAAAAGGCCACAGCCACGUUCGGAGAACAGGAAAAGACCAUCAGGGAUGACAUCAAGACUGUGGGCGCCACGCUGUCCGCGUUGAGGGAGGACAUCAUCAAAUGCGAGGACCUCUCAGGGGACAACUUGCGCAUCUUGGAACGACUGUUGAACAUCAAAGUGCUGCUCAAAGACCUGGAGAACCAACAGCCCAACCUGGUGAUCAUCGACGAAAACAUCAAGAAAAUGUCCCAAACCUAUCCGAACUUCGGGGAAAGCUCCACGAUCAAGGAGCAGGAGGCCUUGAAGAAGCGCUACAAGAGCACCUUGGCGCAGGCCAAUAAAAUUGACACCUCCCUAUCAGCCUUCCUGAAGAAGUUCCACAACGAUAAAUACGCAGCCUUGCAGCGCAUCAUCACAGCCCAAAGGGAGAAGAUCCAGUGGUGCAUGCCGGACACCACGAGCGACAAGUACAAUCUGCAAGUCAAGCUCGGAUCGUUGAACGCAAUCGACACCGCUAUAGAGGAGUGCAAGGAGCGCAUGCAGGAGCUGGAGAACAGCCUCCAAAUGCUGUCGCAGGUCGAAUCUCCGGAGUCAGUCAAGCUGCUGACCGCAGAAAAGGACUACUUGUUGCAGGAGCUCAACAAUCUGCAACGCGAGUUUUCGCAAACCAAGCAACUGCUGAGCACGAACAUCGACAUCCAAACCCAAUACGAGGACCUGGCCGACAAGAUUGCCAACUGGCUAAAAGAGAUGGAGAACAAAGUGAAGGCAGAAGGAACCGUGCAGAUGGACCUGGAGACUUUGGCGCAGAAAAGGGAGGGCAUUCAGCGACUGUUCGAGCAAGUUCGCACCUUCCAGCCGGAGAUCGCCCAACUGGCCGCUGUGAGCGAUAAGCUGAUCGAAAAUGCCCCGGACACGCGCGUUCCCCAGUACGUCCAGCACUUGAACUCCCGAUAUCAAUCCCUGAACAAAUUCCUGCAAAACUACUUAAGCAAGCUGGACGAGCUGGACAAGUAUAAGCAGGUCUACAGGAACAGUGUGCAGGACCUGGAGAACUGGCUGGACCAAGCCGGCCAGAAAGUCAAGGGCUUCUCGAAGACCUCCCAAAGGCCCAGCCAAGCCAUGCUGGAGGAGCUGAGGAAGUUUGGCACCGAGAAGGAGAAAGGCCAGGAGCUGCUGGGGAAGGCGGUCACGCAUGGGGAGGCCCUGUUCAGCGGCAUCACCCCGGAAAAUCGGGACUCGAUCAGAACAGAGCUGCGCUCCUUGAGGACCAGAUCAGAGGACCUCAUCGGGCAAGUCAACCAGAUCUACAAGAACGUCGAAAACUCCCUAACACAACGGCACUCGUUCGAUGACAGCCUGCAGCAAGUCACCCUGUGGCUGAACGAAGUCACCUUGAAGCUGACCGAGCCUCAACUGGACGCCACCCUGUCGGAGAAGAAGCAGACGCUGUACAACUACAAGGUGAUUUCGCAGGACAUCAACCUGCAUAAGAGCGUUCUGGAGCAGCUUCGAGAGAAGCUGGUUAAUAUCUCCGACUCUGAUGCAGACACCCAGCUGAAGAACAACCUGAAGGCUGUGAACGCCCUUCUGGCCGAUGUGACUAAACGCGUUGAACUCUCCGAAGACUACGUGAGCAACCACGAGGCAUUCAACCAGACCAUAGAAAAGUGCCACGAUUGGCUGAGCGCCCUCACUGCUGAGGCCGCCCUUUUAGUGGACGAAUCCUCGAGCGAACCGACCGAAAGCAAGCUGACCAUAGUGGAAAACCUUCUGGCCCAAAAGGACGAGGGCGACAAAAUCAUUGGCAGCUGCAAAGUGCAGCUGAAAAGCGUCCUCGUCCAAACAGCCGCAGAGGGUCACCCGCCCCUGAUCAACAGCUUCCAGGAUCAGCAGAACGCCUGGCUAAUGUUCCUCGAGCUGUGCACUGAGGCUAGAGAGAGGCUGCAGAUCAUCUCUAGUCGGUUUGCCGAAGUUGGCCGCAUGGUGGACACCUUGGACAGCUGGUUGAAGUCCAAGGAGAACCAAGUCAAAGACCAAAGUCUGCGGAACACCGAGGAAGCCAAACGGACCUACUUGGACAAGCUGAAAGCCCUGGAGAGGGAAAUCGUGGCUAAGGAGCCGGAAUUCUCCAACUUCACGGAGGUGAUCAAGACCAUUGAAACCGACUCCAGAGUGUCCCAGCUGAACACGCGCUAUCAGUCGCUGAAGAACGCCAUCAAGGAGAACAUCAGCCGCUAUGAGAGCUUCGCCAAAGACCACGCGGAGUUCAACUCAGAGUACAGUGCGUUCCUGCAAUGGCUCUCAGACAAGGAGGAGAAGCUCCAAGAGCUCUGCCACAUCGUCGGAGACCUGAACGUUCUCCAAAGGCGUCAAGUGGAAGUUCGCAAUUUGCUGGACGAGAAGAACCGGCGAAGCGCCGACUUCGAAAACCUGGUCGAAAAGGGGGAGAAGCUUUACGUGCACACUUCUCCGGAUGGACGCGAAAUAAUCCGCCAGCAACUCAGAAACAUCCGCACCAUUUGGGACACCCUCGGAGACGACCUGCAGCUGGCCACCAAUAAGCUCGACCAGUGCAUUCUGCAAUUCUCAGACUUCGCCGCCACGCAAGAGCAGCUGACCAAGUGGCUCAGAGACGUGGAAAAGGGCAUGAAGCAGCACACCGAGCUGAAAUCCACUCUGCAGGAAAAGCGGGCGCAGCUGCAGAACCACAAGAUCAUGCACCAAGAAAUCAUGUCCCAUCAGCAACUGGUUGAAACUGUCUGCGACCGCGCUCAGCACCUGGUCGACCAAACGCAGGACAAAUCGCUCAAUUUAUACCUGCAGUCCAUCAAGCAGCUCUUCUUGGGCAUCGUGGCCAAGUCGGAGGAACUGUUGAACAACCUGGAGGACUGUGUGGACAAGCACCAGGCCUACAACCUGCAAGUGGACGCCUUCAAGGACUGGCUGGCGGAGCAGAACCAGAAGCUGAGCCAGUUUGAAGACAAGGGAGGCGACAGGAGUGAGAUUGCGAAGAGGAUCGACAGUCUGAAUGCCCUUAAAGCCCACAGCCAACAGGAGGGCGCCAAACUGCUGGAGGCGCUGAAGAACUCUCUCAUAGUGGUUGGCAAAAGCACUGCGGCUAAAGGGGUGGACUUGCUUAAAGCCGAUUUGCUUGAAAGUCAGCGCCUAUUGCAACAACACCUAUCUGAAAUUGAUGCUUUGGUCGAGCAGCAAGAUGCAGCCAAGGCCAAGUGGGACGACUACGAGAAGACCUUGGAGGACCUCAACCAGUGGAUUCAGCAGUACGAGACAACACUCAGAAACCAAGCGCUGCAAGCCACUUUGCCCGAGAAACAGGCUCAACUGGCCCAGUACCAGCAGAAGCGCCAAGAAGUGGAGGCCAAGGAGAAGGACAUUGACCAAUUCAUCGACCAGACUCAUGCGCUGCUCCAUGCCAGCGGUGUCCAGAAAAUCAAGCCCGUAUUGUCCCAGUUCAGCCUCAGAUACCAAAACCUCCAUGGCGCCUCGAAAGACGCCAUCGAUCGCUGGGAAGCCAUUGCGGAUGACCACCAAAAGUACCAGCAGAAGCUGGAGGACACCUUGAGGUGGCUCCAACCGCUGGAGGACCAACUGGCGGCCUUGCAAAGAGGCGACGUGGCCGAUAGUCCUCAGGCGGUCACCCAGAGGAUGCAGAUUCUCCUAUCGGAGAAGGAACAGGGAGAGCAUCGAGUCAACUCCUUGACCUUGAUGGGGGAGCGGAUUUUGCCCGAUACUGCAAUGAAUGGAAGGGAGAUCGUCCGCAAUGAAAUCAGGGACGUUCGGGAACGAUGGGAAAAACUGGCUGAUGGUGUUGUAACGCAGCAAAAGCUGCAGGAAGCGCAGACUCUGCAACUGUCCAACUACCAGGAAAUGCUUCAGCAUGCUCUAGCCUGGCUGGACACCAUGGAGAAACAGGUGAAACUGGACACCACGUCCUGGUCGUCCAUCCAAGACGUGCGAGGAAAACUGCUGAAGCAGAAAACCACGCUGCAAGAAAUCAUUCCCUAUAAAAGAAUACUUGAUGGCAUCAACGAAAAGUCGUCAUCGCUCAUCAAGCUGACCAGCAACCAGGAAAAAGUGAUGGACAUAGAGAAUAACGUCAAGUCCAUUAACGACCGCUACGAAAACCUUCUGCAAACCGCCCAGAAGAACAUCAAGCAGCUGGAGAACUGCUUGGACUCCUAUCAGCAGUUCUACGAACUGCUGAAAGUCCAGCAGGACAACCAGAAGCAGCUCUGGGACACCCUGAACUGCCAUGUGGACUACAGCGGCAAUAAGCCGCUCAUCGAGCAACGACUGAGCAAAGUGGGCGAAAUCGAGGACACUCUUCCAGAAAACACCAUCAAACUGAAUGAGCUGGAGAAUCACAUCAAGAACAACAUAUCGAUGCUGCCGGCGCGAGCUCAGGAGACCAUGCAAAGAGACGUGGCCAACCUGAAGGCCGACAGGGACAAGUUCAAUGGAACCUUGGCGGAUGUGAAGUCUGGACUGGAGAAUCGAUUGAAGCAAUGGUCGGACUAUGAGACUGCCAUGGAGCGCUUGUUGGCGUUUUUGACCGAAUCGGAGCAAGCCUUGAAGGACUACACUCCGAAGUCGACGGAGGAGGAAAAGAAGGAGGAGCUGGCCAAAUAUCAGAUCUUAUUAAAAUCGGUCGAGACAUUUACGCAGGAACUCAAGCAGUUGAUCCGCAUCGGGGAUCAUCUGGAGCAAGCUCUGGUCUCCAACCUGAAGCAGAACGAGCGCGACUUCGACAAAAUCUCAGACGACUCCACUGAACUGGUGCAAACCAGCGGAGACACCAGGAUCUCCCUCAACAUCCAGCAGAUCACCUCCAGGUUCCAGUCCGUGCAAGUGACUGCAAAGGAGAUCGUGAAAAAGUGCGAGCAGGCCUACAUGGACCACAAAGCCUACAACGACAAGUACCGCCAGUGCUCAGAAUGGCUAGCGGCAGCCUUGACCAAGUUCGACACCAGCAAGGCCUUAAUGCGCAGCAGCGCCCAAUCAGUGCUGGCAGACCAAGCAAAGGUGCUCGAGGAGCUGCUGGCUCAGAAAACCAGCUCGUCGCUGCUGCUGAACGCCACCAUCGAAACCGGGGAAAAACUCUACCCAUCCACAUCCCCAGAGGGCCGCGAGAUCAUCAGAGCCCAACUGGAGCAACUGCAGCAGGCCUUCGACUCCAUAUUCGAUGACAUCAGCGUGGCUGAUCGGGACUUGAAGUCGAAGCUGCUCGUUUGGUCUGAGUUCGACAACAGCCUGCAGAGCAUCCAGCGCUGGUCCAAGGAAGCGGAAAAGCUGCUCCCGACAGACAUCGAGCUGAAGGCCACUCUGGAGGAGAAAAAGGCGCAGCUCCAAGUGUACAGGAACUUGCUGCACGACGUCUCCGGGCACCAGCAGAACAUUGCGGAUCUCCGGAACAAAGUGGCGCACCUCCCGGACCAGGACAGCCAGUUCGAGGGGCAGAUCGCGACGGUUGCUGAGCAGCACGCCAAGCUUCAGAAGCGCGCCCAGAGCUUCGUUGAGCGCUACGAGAAGUUCGUGGCCGAUCAUCAGAAGUUCGACAAAGCCAUGCAGGAGACCAGCGAAUGGACUGAGGCCAAGCAGAGCUCUGUUGGCCUAUGGGCCGACACCACUUUGGAACGAGUUUCCCUGCUGACCAACCUGGAGAGGCUCAAGAAGCUGGCGGUGUCCAUUGAGGAAGAGGAGUCCCGCCUGGCGGCGGUUAAAGCCCUGGGCGAUGACGUAAUUCCUGGGACAGUCGACCAAGGACAGUCGCACAUUCGCAGCCAAGUGGAGACGACGCAACAGCAAUGGGUGGCUCUGGUGUCCAACAUCGACAAGGCCGUCGCAGAGCUGGAGGCGAAGCUGCAGAACUGGACGGAGUAUGAGAGGCUGCGCGACGCCUGCUUGGCCUGGCUGAAGGACACCGACAACAAGCUCCACUCGGUCGACCUGCAGGCCACCGCCGAUGAAAAGGAGAGACAGCUGGGCUCGCUUAAACAGCUCCAGGGCGAGGUCAAGGCCAAGGAGUUCGAGAUCGACAAAGUGACUGAGCGCAUCCAGCAGCUCAAUCAGGGCCUCUCCAACCGGCCCUCGCAAAUAUCCGAGCUCGGCGUAAAGUACCAGCAAAUCAACCAGAAGGUCAAGGAGCAGACGUCCAGGUGGCAGCAAUACGUGAACGCCCACCACAACUUCAACGCCGAAGUGGAGCAGUGCGAGAGAUGGCUGGAGGACUUGAGCUCCAAGCUUUUGUACUGUGCAGAUGUGCAAUCCGCCUCCCAGAAGCAACUGGAAAGCAAGCUGCAAACCAUACAAGACCUGAUCUUGAACAAGGAGGAGGGCUUCGCCACCAUCCAGAGGCUAGUGGAGCUGGCUCAGAACGUGCUGGCCAACACAGCGCCCCAUGGACACGAUGCCAUCAACCACACGCUGGCCAACCUGCAGAGCGAAUGGUCCAACAUCGCAACCAGCAUGGUGGGGACCAAGUCUCUGAUCGAGGACGCAUUGCGCAAGUGGACAGGCCUCCUGGAGGAGAUCAGCGCGCUGGACAAAAAAAUCGAGAACCUGGAAAGCCAGUACAGUGAGCUGUGCGAGCUGCAAGCCACAGCUUCGGAGAAGAAGACGCAGCUGGACCGGAUCAAAGCGCUGGAGGAACGGGUGCGAUGCGAAAAAAUCGAAGUGGACACCUUGAAGACCCAAGCGGCCGACAUCCUCAAAAGCAGCAAAAGUGCAGAGGGCGCGGCCGACCAGGCGCGCCACAUGCUCAACCGGUUCGACAGCAUAUUCAAGAAGGUCCAGGUGCUGCUGCAUGAACGAGAGCAGCACUACAAGGACCACAAGGCCUACAAGGAGGCCUACGAAGAGGUGCAGGUGUGGAUGACCCGCGCCCAGGAGAAAGUGCCGCAGCUCAAGCAAAGGCCCUUGGGCGACAAGCUGUCCAUUGAGAUGUUCUCAGGCCCGCUGGACCAUCUGCUCAACAAGCAGGCGCAGGGGGAGGUUCUGCUUGAGAACCUCGAGCACACUGCUCAGGUGGUUCUCCCCAACACCAGCACUGCGGGCCAGGAGCCCAUAAGGAACGAAAUCAGAGCGUUGAGGGAGAGCUUCGAGAGGCUGUUCAAGGAUCUGAAGCAGCAACGAGAACAACUGGAAGUGGUGCUGGUCCACUGGCGCGACUACAAAGACGAAUACGAGAAAAUCUCCGAUUGGCUGCAGCAGAUCUCCAUCCUGAUCAAGAACCAAAAAAUCGCGCUUUCCCCCACACUGGAGGAGAAACGGAAGCAGGUGCAGGACGUGAAGGGGAUUCUCCAGCGGCUUGUGGACGGCAGAGCCCAAAUCGAGAAACUGAACGACUCGGCGAAGACGCUGCUCAAAUCCCCAUUGGAGACGCACGUGAACAACCAGCUGCAGCAGCUGAACUCGCGCUACCAAGUGGAGCUGAACGUGGCCAAAGACGUGCUGAAGAAGGUGGAAACCAACCACGAGCAGCACAAAGAGUACGCCUCCAAUUUGGAGAAAACCCGCGAUUGGAUCGAUCAAGCUCGCGACAUUAUCUCGCAGUGCUCGGAGGCGAUUUCCAACAGCACCAAGGACAACCUGCAACAAUAUCUGGAUCAGAUCCAGGAUCUGAUAGAGCGGCGCGAGGUGGGGCAAAGUCUGGUGCACGCCACGGUCAACGGGGGCGAAAAGGUGCUCAGAAACACCCGCUCAGACGGCCGGGACGCCAUCAACCACGAAAUCAAAGAAGUCCAAACCGACUGGGAACGCAUAGUCAAGAAAAUGUCCACCGUUAAGGUCAAUCUGGAGACCGCUCUGCUGCAAUGGGCGGACUACGACAGCUCGUACCACCAGCUCCAGCAAUGGAUAUCGGAGCGCGAAGCCAAGCUGCAGCAAGUGGUCGAACCCAAGGCAGUAAAGAGCAAAGGCCAUGGAGGGCUCAGCGCCCUCCCCAUCGGCGAGAGAAAGGCCACGCUAAGAGAAACGGGCAGCAUCGUGCAGGACAUCGUCUCAUUCGAGCCGAUGAUCCAAUCAGUCACCUCCAAGGCGGAAGACCUGAAGCAGGCGGCGCCGGCCUCCGAAAUCUCCACCAAGUACGAAACCCUCAGCAAACAAGCUCAGGAGUUGUACGCCAAACAAAAAGCCACCGUGGAGCAGCACCAGGCGUUCGUUGAUGCUGCCAACGAGUUCGUGCACUGGAUUCGCCUAGCUAAGGAGAAGCUGGGGAAGUGCUCCGAACCCAUGGGAGACAAGGAGGCUCUAGGCAGCAAACUCUCCCAAAUCAAAAUGCUCCAUCAGGAAUUGCCCACAGGCGAGCAGAAGCUGGAGGCUGCUCUGGACGAAGGCGACAAGGCCUGCCAAGUGGCCGACGAGAUCGACAAAGAAGUGAUCGAAGAGGAAGUCGCCCUGCUGCAGGACGAGUUCGACAGCUACGUGGAGCAGCUGAACAACAUCAAGGCCCUGUUGGAAAAGGGCAUAGUCAAGUGGACGGAGUACGAGGAGCAGUUCGAGGACGCCCUCCAGUGGCUCAGCCAGCAGGAGAAAGUCGUGCAGUCGUUCAACAAGCUCCAAGACAGUCUGGAGGAGAAGCGCGCCGUGUUGGAGCAGUUCCAGCUGCACCUGCAAACCCUCUUCGACUGGCAGUCCGACCUGGACCGCCUGAACAUGAAAGCGCAGCUCCUGCUGGAAACCUGCGCUGACUCCAGAGUCAGCAACGCAAUCAUGCAGCUCUCCACCAAGUACAACACGAUCCUGUCCAUGGCCAAGGAGAUCAUGAGGCGACUGGAGCUCUACUACCAAGAGCACCAGCAGCACAGCGCUCUGCACCAGGAGUGCCAGGACUGGAUAGACCGCACGCGCGACAAGCUCAAUGGAUGCGUCGACAUCCCCAACAGCCUCUCCGAAAUCAACAACAAGCUGCAAACAGUGAAGAACAUCAGGACCUCCAUCGAGCAAGGGCAGAACAAGCUGCGCUACAUCAACGAGCUAAAGGAGCGCGUCAUCAUGAACACCGAACAAUCGGGAGUGGCCAAAAUCCACGAGGACACCGAGAACCUCAAACAGGAGAUGGAGCGGCUGGUAGGCGACGUCAACGACUUGCGCAGCAAGCUGCAAGUCCGCGCCAACCAGCUGGACGAGGCGCAAAAGCUCCUAAGCCAGCUGCUGGACUGGCUGCAAGACCAGGAAAACCACAUCCACUUUGACGAGCAGUUCUGCAACGAGCUCCCCGAGAAGAAGGCCAAGCUGGAGAAGUACAAGCAAGUCCAAAAGGAGAUCUCCACCCAAAACAGCCUGGUGGAGAAAAUCAAGGCCAAAAGCCAAGAGGACAACAGCAUCCCAGAAGACCAAACGGAGCGAGUGGUCAGGCGAUACGACGACCUCAAAGCGAAGCUGCACAGAGCAAUCUCCGACCUGGAGGUGCAAGUGGACGACCACGACCAGUACAAAGCCUCCUACAACAAGGCGCUGGACUGGAUCCGCAAGCUCCAAGUGGAAAUUCAAUCGUGCUCCAAUCUCCAGGACGAACUGCCCCAAAUCGUGGAGAAAGAGGCGAAAAUCGGGCAAAUAUCCGGCACGUUAAGCGAGUGCGACGACCUAGUGAACAAGACCAUCAAAAUGAGCAUCGAGGUGAUGAAAACGACCGGCUCAGAAGGCAGAGACAUCAUUCGCGAGGAAAUCGAGCAACUGAACUCCGACUGGGAAGGCCUGCAGUACAUCUGCAGCGAAAUCAAAAAGUCCCUAGGCAAAUGCAAGGACGCCUGGAAGGAGUUUAGGAGCAGUUGCGAUGCAGUGGAGAAGAGCAUCGAGCAGUUCAACGGCCUGAUUGCAGCUGAGCGGGAGCGCGAGAACAAGAAACCCGACGACCUGGAGCGGUGCAAGGAACUGCUGGAGAAAAUCGAGGCUCUGAAGCCUCAGUUGGAGACCGUCUCCGACUCGUGCGAGGUUCUAAUGGAGCUCAGCGCAGUGAAUUGGGUGCGCGACAAAUCAGUCCAGCUCCAAUCAGCAUAUACAAAUCUGCUAACAGACGCCCAAACCCUGGUGUCCAAAGUGGAGAAGAACCUGUCCGACCACACGGAGUUCCUCAAUGGCAAAGCCGCUCUGGAAGCGUGGCUCACCUCCAAACACUCCACAGUGCAAGCGUGCAUAGAAAUCGGCAGCGAGAGCGACAUCAGGAGGAAACUGGAAACCAUCCAGAACGUGGCUGCCAACGUUGAUGAAGGCCAGAAGUUGUUAACCGCGCUUCAGAACGCGUUCGCUAAAGUCAUCAACACCGCCACUCCAGAACAGCAGAACGAGUUGCGCGAGAGCACGACGAUUUUGAGGAACAGCUGGGACCAACUCAACAUGGACCUCAAGUCGAUUGAAGCGCAGCUGAAGGCGGCCUUGGCUCGAUGGGCCGGAUACAACGAAACAAGGAGCAACUUGAACCAAUGGCUGGUGGGCGUGGAGAAAGCUGUGAAGGACAAACCGACCACUCGGGGGGAGCUGAGUGAGAUGAAGACACUGCUGGAGCGCUACAAGAUUCUGCGGGAUGAAAUCCUGAAGAAGCGCGAGGAUCUGAACCGCUUGAGAGGCGAAGCCCAUGAGCUGAGCGACUGGUCCAAGCAGCCGGAGGUUUUGGAGCAAGUAGCCGACUUGGAAGCGCGCUUUGAAGCAGUUUCCGGGGCCUGCAAGGCCCUGCAGGAUUCCCUUGAGGAAGAACUGCUCGAGUACAACACCUACCAGCAAAAGCUGCAAGACACGGAAAAAUGGCUGCUGCAAGUCUCCUUCCAGCUGAUGGCUCACAACUCGCUUUACAUCACCAACCGGGAGCAGACCGAGGAGCAAAUUGCGCAGCACGAAGUCCUCUUCGCAGACAUCCAAAACUACCAAACAGUGCUAAGCGAUGUCAAAGACAAAGGCCACAGCUUGAUCAGCAAGUACAUUGCUGUUGCCCCGACCAUCCAGGACAACAUAGAAAGGCAACUGAACAACGUCCAGGACAGCUACAACUCGCUGCUGCAGACGGCCAUGCAAAUCAAGAACCGCCUGGAGGACUCCCUGGCCAAGUUCAGGCAAUACGAGGACACCCUGGACAGCAUCAUCCGGAAUCUGGACGAAUACGAGCCGAUCGUUGACGAAGAGCUGGACAGGCCGAUCGAUACUCUGAAGGAGGCCAACGAGGCUCUGGAAACCGCCAAGAGCCUGCACUCCAAACUGCAGGCGGAUAAAUCCAGGCUGGCCAUCGCUGUGCAGGCAUGCGGUGCAAGCGCAUCUGAGCAAUUUAUCAUCGUCGGUCACCCAGUUGAAGGAAAUGGAGAAGCAAAAGGCGACGCUGAAGACCUGGAUGGAGGGCCAAGGCGACUCGAUCAACGAAUGGCGCAACCGACCGAACAAAUUGCGAGCUGAUGCAGCCAAGCAGGAUUUGAGCAACAUGAGCGACCUGCUCAGCGCCAUCGCGCAGCGCCGCCACCAUCUGACCACUGAGCUGUCUGGGCCUGGAGGAGCCGACGAGGAGCUCGCCAAAGGCCUGGACAAGCUGGAGAAAGACCUGCUGUCGGUGAUAGCCGACAAGCAGAGCAAGCAGGCGAUCAUCGACCAAUACAAGCAGCAGCUGCAGGCCAUCAACACCUGGUUCGACAACCUGAACAAGAGGAUCGAUGUGGUGGACAAAGGCUCGGGCCUGAACUGCCAGCAGAAGCAAACAGCCAUCGGGGACAUUCAGGACGAAUUCGAUGAACUUCAGCCGCAACGGAUGGAGGAGCUGAAGCGGCUGGCCGCUCGAGUGGUGGAGGUGGUCAACAAUCUCGACUCGCAGCAGAUCGAGGAGCAGGUGAAGUCCGCCGAGCGGCGCUGCAACGACAUAAGCAAGAAGCUGCAGCGCAAGACGCAAGUCUUGGAGAUGACCAGGAAGGGCAUUGAUGGCACCAAGAGCGAAAUCGACGACGCCCGAAACUGGGUCAAAGACAAGCUGGCCGAGCUGCAGAAGGCCAAGCCGCUCAGCUGCGAGAGCGGCAAAGUGGAGGAGCGCCUCAACUCGCUCAGGGACCUCCUAAAGGACGCGGAGAACAAAGUGAUCCUCAAGGACGCCCUGUUGAAGCGCCUCCACAACAUGAGCAGCGAGCUGGAGCCGUCAGAGUUCAGCGAGCUGGACAGCGCGCUGAAGAACCUGGGCGCUGAGCAGGCCCAAUUGGUCAGCAAGGCCAAGCAGGAAAUUGCCCGCUUGAGCGCCGCAGCGGACACCCGCAGGACCUUUGAGGCCGACCUGGCCAAAGCCAAGGCGUGGCUGAAGAGCAAAAACGCCGAAGUGCGCAAGCUGAGCGGGUACCUGCCACUGCAGGCCCACCAAGUGGAAAAGGACAUCGUCCAGCAAAAGGAGCACGAUGGGCAGAUCAAGGAGUUCAGCGAGGCUGACCUGAGGAGCGUCCUCAAUGCAGGCAGCGGGAUUUUGCGGGAAUGCGACGAGGCCGACAGGGAGCGUUUGCAGCAUCUCCUAGACGAGCUCAAAGAGGAGUACAGCGCCCUCACGCAGGAGUCCCAGCACAAAACGGCCGCCUUGAAUGACCUGCUGCAGGGCCGCAAGCAGUUCGAGAGCGACAUCGACCGCUGCGUCAAUUGGCUGAAAGAAGCUGAAGUGGCCACGUCUACCGAACUGCGCCUCUCCAACCUGGAGGCGCUCAACGAGCAGCUGGCCAAGUAUGAAAAACUCAUCCAGGACUCGCAGAGGGUUGCGCAGGACAUCGGCAAAAUCUGCGAGCAGGGAAAGGCCAUUCUGCCCACCAUCAGCGAAUCGGACAAAAUCACCCUUAAGGAGACCCUCAAUAACCUGAAGGACCGCCACAACAGAAUCGACUCAUUGAUCAAGGAAAGGACUGACGACCUGAAGCGCACUAUUCAGCAGAUCAAGGACGCCCAAGCCCGGCUGGCUGAGAGCAUGGCCUUCGUCAAGGAGGUCCAAAAUCAGCUUCAUGAGCUCAACAAGCCCAUAGGGGCUCGCGUGGAGGACGUUCAAAACGUGCUCGGCGCCUACGAACGCAUCCUCAAAGACAUCAAGGCAGACAAAUCGAAGCUCAGCAACGUAGCAGGGGCCAGUGCAGCUGAGCUGCAGAACGUGAUGAGUAUGCAGGACGAGCUGAUUAAGUCUGUGGAGGACCAAAUAGUCAAGCUCAAGCAGCUCCUGCUGCUGCGGGAGCAAUACCUGGCCCUCAUCACCGAUAUAAUGACCUUCAUAACCAAGUACACGGAGAUCGUGCGCGAUGUUGAAAAAUCCGGGGGAACCGUCGAAGAAAAAAUCAAGAAAUACGACGAUAUCAUCCAGAAGAUCCAGGAAUGUGAGGCGCUGCACGCCUCUGCCACCGAUAAGGGCCUGCAGAUCGCGCAGGACUGCACGGUGCAGGAUCGAAACGAGAUCACUGAACAGCUCCAGUCGCUCAAACAGUCCCUGAACAACCUGAGGAAGGCGGUGGAAAAGCAGCGACAAGAGCAUGAAAACACCGCAGCUGAGUACCGGAAGCUGGCUGCCGAGCUGGAGGAAAUCCUCGACUGGCUGCACACCAAUGAAGGCAGCGCCAAGUCCAGACCGCUGCUAAACCGCGACAUCAACAGUGUGGACAAGGAGAUCAAGAAGCACCUGGACCUGGGCGAGAACAUCAACAGCCACCUGGAGAAGCUGAAGAAGAUCCAGGAAAGCGUGAAGCACGAUGACGCCUUGCCAGGGUCGCUGCAAGAGCAGCUCUCUGAGGCCAGUUCGCUGAUAAACUCCCUUCCCAGAGAGCUGCAGGAACAAUCCGCCUAUCUGGAGAGCAACAGGAAGUUCCGCGAAGAAUACGAACAGCUCAAGGCGAAGCUGCACAGCUGGGUGAAAGAGGCGGAGAUCCGGCUGAACCUGCACAAGGACGGCGUGGACUUCGAGAACAUCUUCACUGACCUGGAGGAGCACAAGGUCUUCUUCAGCACCGAGGCGAACAUCAAAGAGCUGGCGUUCCACGCGCUCCAGCAGGCCGCCGACAGGAUCUGGCCGAGUUUGACGCCCUACGAGCAGGAGGAGUUGAGCAGGGAGCAGCAGCACCACACGCAGCUGCUGAAGAACACCCUCAAUUCGGCCAAGUCGCAGAAGGCCCAACUGGAACAGGACGCCGAAGUCUGGAAGGACUAUCUGCAGAGUCUGGACAAGGUGAAAACUGCAGUGGCCAGAACGAAGUUCACCGAUGAGCCGGUUUCUACUUUGGCCGGGCUGCACUUCAACAUCCAGAAGAUUGCACACGCUCUCAAUGAUAUCCAGGCUUUUGCAGAACCUGACGGAGAAACAAGAUCGCAUCGAAGCUGAUCUCGCUGAAAUCGACGAGGCGCUGAGCGCGAUCACGCAGAAGAAGAGCGAAUUGGUGGAUCUGAAGAGCGAAAUCAUCAAUUUCUACGUGUUUGACGAGAACGUGGUGCAAACCGAAGACGAUUUGGGCAAACUUGGUUCGCAGGUGCGCAGCCGAAUCAACGACGCCGCCCAACUUUCAUCCGACCUCAGAAGCAAGUACCAAACAGCGCAGAAUCUCGUACCGUCCGACUUGGCUCAGGAACUGAACCAGUUGGAGCUGCUCACUGAGGCUUUGGACACCGCAAUGGAGGACAAGGAGAAGGAGUUCAAAAAGGCGAGAACCAUCCGCACCGACUACCUGACCGACGUGGAGGAGUUGCAGAUCUGGAUCAAAGAGUCCGAGCUGCAGCUGCAAGAUCGAGCGGCCACUCCUCAGCAGCUGCACGAGAAGCUGCAGCAGAUCCAUUCGGAAGUCAGCGCUGUUACGGAUAAGCUGGACAGAGUGACGCGCAGCGGAAAAACCAUCAUUGAAAAAUCGCGCAAACAAGACGAGAGGGACAUAGUGCAAUCUACCAUCGACAAUCUCACCGACCAGAUCAACCAAGUCAAGGCCCUGCUGGAGGAAAAACGGGACCAAGUUGGGGACAUCCUGGACGCCUGGCAACGUUUCCUCGCCCUGUACCAACAGGUCGUCCAAUGGACCGAGGAGAAGAGGAUUUUCCUGCUGGAGCCCCUCAAUGUGGGCUCUUUGCAGGACGUCAAGCAGAGGCUGCACGACUACAACAACGCAGUCAAGAGCUGCAAGGGAGCCACCAAGAGCCUGAGCGACAUGGUAAAAGAGCUGGAAUACAUCGGCACAGUGACCACAGUGGGCGAUUUACCGAAGAAAAUGGAACAUGCCGAAGAAGUGAAGACCGAGGCGGAAGCCCAGAUUCUAGAACGGAACGCCCUGCUGCAAGAAACCUGCGAAGAAUGGGAGCAAUGCGAGAAGAAAAUGAAGGAGACGAGGUCCUGGACGGAGAAGACGCGCGCCGCCCUCGAGUCCGCCCAGAACAAGAAGAAGCCCCUGCGGGACCAGCACGCUUUGCGCGAGAAAAUGCUGGCCGACAUCCAGGUGCAACGCACGAAAAUCUCCUUAUCAAGCGAAAAGCUCCAGCUCCAUUUUCGCUCCGGCAUCAAGGCGGACACGACAAUCACCGAGUCCGUCAGCGGCCUUCUGCAGGACCUUUCCAGCCUGGAUGCGUCCAUCAAAGCCCAGGUCGCCCAGCUGGAAAAGGCCAUCGCUCAGGUCGAGGAGUAUCAGCUGGAGGUGCAGCAGUUGCGCCAGCACAUUGUUCAGGUUGAACAGCAAUUGAGGGCGGCAAUGGCCCCCAACUACAAGCCGCACGAGAGAGACGAAGCGACCCGUGAACAAGAGGGUUACAGAGAGCGCGUGCGGACUUUGCAGAAUCAACUUUCCGUUCGCAACGAACGCAUAAAGCUCAUUCUGCAGCUGGGGGUGCCAAAUCUGGAACCGCUUGGCACGUAGAAUCUCCCCCCUUCUACACGAAAAAACUCCCUAUUUUGACCCAAUACCCCCACCCCAACCCUUCCCUCCCCACCCCAAAAAAAAAAAGAAAAACCAUCGACCAUGACACGCGUCUCAGCCACCAUCUAGCGCGAACACUUGACGGGAUACUGAUAUUUAACAUUGUUAAUACGAAUUAGGCGCAGAUCGAGGUCUGCCGGCAACGAAUCACCAUUCUGAUCUCCCAAAUUCGUCGUGUGGACCCCAACGCUCCCAUUGACGGUCCCCCACUCGA